AUGAGCAACGCGGGGGCCGACUUGGUUUGGAUAUACGGGCCGAAGUAUUUGCUUCCUUUGCUGCAGCGGCACCUCUCGGCUGCCUCAUCUGGCGCUGCAGCAGCAGCUGCAGCAACAGCAACAGCAGCAGCAGCAACAGCAGAGGGAGAAACCUCUUCUGUGGCUGCUGCACUUGCUGCCACGAAGCAUAUGUCCUUUUCCGGCGACAGCGGGGGCCUGCUGCUGCGCUGCAGCUCUUUGCUGCAGCUGCUGCUGUCUGCUGCUCGCCUGCAGCCUCGCGUUGCUGCUGCAGUGCAGCGGGGAGAUUUGCUGCUGCAGCAGCCUGUAGAUAGCUGCUGCUUGCACAGUCCUUCCCUGCAGCAGGCGGUUGCUGCGGUCAGUCAGCAAGAGCAGGAACGGCAGCAGCAGCAGCAACAGCAGCAGCAACAGCAGCAGCAGCAGACAAUAGGAACGCCUCUCGUUUCCUUUCUGCCUUACCGAGUGCAUGUAAACCCGAACGGAGCAGCAGCAGCAGCAUGGUUUGCUGCUGAUGCUGCUCUUUUCCUUCGCUCGCUGCUCCGGCGGCUGCAUGCAGCAGCAGCAGCAGCUGCAGCAGCAGCUGCAGCACAUGGAGGCAGCCCUGCUUGGUUCAAUGCUGCGACGCCUGCACUAAUGCAGCGGCUGCAGCAGCUGACGCUGCUGCUGCGCUGCUGGGGUGUGUCUGCUGCAGCAGCAGCAGCGAACGCGUGCGGCGGGGGCUGCUGCAUCGACAGUCUCUUCAGUUUGUUUUGGCGCAGCAGUAGAGCUUCCCUGUCUUUCGCCAGCAGCAGCAGCAGCAGCAGCAAAAGAGAUGCUGCUGCUGUUUUCAAAGGGGGGCUGCUGCUGUUGCUGCUGGGGUCGCGCAGUUAUCGCCUGGUGUCUGGGGAGCUGCAGCAGCAAUCGCUUGCGAGGCGCUUUUUGCUGCUUCGCAGCAAGCAGCAGCAGCAGCAGCUGCUGCAGCAGCAAGCUAAUGCCACUGUUGCAGUGGCUGCUGCUGCUGCUGCUGCUGAAGAAGCAGCAGCAGAGACACAACUCUUGCUGGGGGUGCUGCUGCCGUUUCGCUUUGCUGUCGUAUCCUGGAGAGCGAACGCGUCGCCGCCCCGUAUGCCUUUUGCUGCUGCUGCUGCUGCUGUUGCUGCUGCUGCUGUUGCUGCUGCUGCUGCUGCAGGUGCUGCAGCUGGCCUUGGUGGUGGUGGGGCUGCUUUUCUGCGCCGUUUUUACCUGAAGCCUUAA